AUCAGGGCUCCGGGGGGCUUCGCUUGUAGUUAUGGAUCCGCAGAGUGUGAUUUGUUUCAUGUUACUGCUCGUUAAAUACGGGGCCGCGGAGACGGAGGUGACGGCGACGCACGCUCAGGGUUGUCCUGCGGUGUGCGAAUGCCCCGCUGUGAUCUCCAGAUGCCCCACGGGAAGUCACCGGGUCCUGGACGGCUGUGGAUGCGGGUGUCAGGUUUGUGCGCAGGCCCUGGACGCGCCGUGUGAUGGACUCAGACCCUGCGAUCCGGCUCACAACCUGACUUGUGAUUAUUUCUUGGGCCAGAACCAUCAAGAAGGAGUCUGCAAAGUCCUCAGAAAGCGUCGCUCCUGUUUCCCCAACGGCACGGAGAUUCUGCACGGCCAGCGAUUCCAGGACGGCUGCACGGGGUCCUGCGUGUGCCACGACGGGCAGGUCGGCUGCGUCUCGCUGUGCCCCCCCUACCAGCCGGCCGCCGUUCCCGGCUGCAGGGAAAUGGUUUAUGAAGCCGUUCCAGGUCAAUGCUGCAAACGCUGGAAAUGCAAAAAAUACGACUCUGCAGACAAUCUUUUACCCAAACGGGAACUUUUCCACCCAAACAGCAACAAGGUGAUUAAUAAAACUCCAGCGGCAGGAAAGAGGAGCAGAAAGAUUCCCGACAGAGAGCAUGGAAUGGCAUUGAACAGCUCCUCUGUAUGCAAAAAGCCCCCCACAGAGUGGACCCCCUGUUCACGGCUCUGUGGAUUUGGGGUCUCAGUAAGGAUACAGUUUGAGGCCGAGAGCUGCACCCCACGAGCAGAGAGGAGACUGUGUAUGAUAAGACCAUGCAGGGAGGAGUAUGGCGCCGUCAACUACACGCUCCUGAAGACCACCAAAGUUUGUAAUCGUGUUGUGCGAUGGACACAACCGCAGCAUCUUCAUCACCGGGAAUGCCACACACUGCGUCCUCUGAGCCCCAAGUUCUGUGGGGGGUGCUCGGACGGGCGUGUGUGCACCCCCUCGCUGACCGAGACCCGCUCUGUGGUCUUUCAGUGUCCCCACGGGAACCGCAGGGUCAAACGGAAGAUAAUGUGGGUGCUGAAAUGCCGUUGUGGUAGGCCAGAGGGGAAGAAAGGAGAAAGGAGGAUGGAGAAAGCGGAGGGAAGGGUAGACACUGAAGAAGAAGACGUAAGAAAUGAGAUAGAGGCGGGUGGAUAAAAUGUUGAGUGGGGGGAAUCAGGUAUGUUAGAGGGAAGGUGGGGGGACGGGAAAUAUUAACAAAAUUGAAAGAGGGCACAAGGAGAGGGGAGAGCCUCAGAUCUGUGCACCGGCUGGGAGAAUAGUCUGUGUAUUGAAUGUUGUCUUCCAUAUCCACCUGUGUACAUGCACUGCCUGCCUCCGCUCGAUCAUGCGCGCCUCAGGGGUUACUCUCUGUUAGAAUUUGAUUCCCUAUUUCCGCGGCCCUUGCCCUCCAUGUAAUUUCUAGCUCCCUGCUUUCUCUACGUUACGUUCUGUGUGCUGCACACGCGUCCCGUGUUCUCCGCUGGUGACUGCAGCCCUGUAAGUCCCGACGUUACUCAGGAUUACAUUCCCCACGGGGCGACCUCUUUCUUUAAGAUUUGGUACUGUCUUCUCCAUACAGCGUUUUUAAAGGAGUGGUUGGGAGGCAGAUCCUCUGUCCACUACCACAUAUACUGUCUCUUUUCACUCAUGUCCCCUUUACUGACUUUGUCCUAGAAAGGCUGUUCGUGUUUGAUUUUCUUUAAGCGUGUGCAUGGGGGUUGCUUGUGUACCUAGCGGUGUUUAUAAUAUAAGUCUAGCCCUGGUCGCCCCAUCCUCCUAUGCCAUACGUGGAAUACUGCCCCGAUACCCCGUGCCUAUCCCCUUCCCGGGGUAUGUUCUGUGCUGUACCCACUCCCUGUUCAUAAUAAAAGCUGUCACAUGAGUA